AUGGCUUGUGGACUGGAAACUUAUUCGGAUAGUGACAUUUCGACAUCAGAAGAACGGGAGUUUUAUGCGAAAUGGAGCAAGUCUUCCGAUUGGCUUUACUGUAUUUGCGUGGUCACGUUUGAUCUAGAACUCGGACAGGCAAUGGAAUGUGUUUACCCUUCAGGCGUAAAAUUGUCGGAUCAAGAAAAAUGCAAUAUUUGCUAUUUAGCUUUUCCGGACUCAAAUUCAGGUUGUAUGGGAGAUACUCAAUUUCAUGUGAGACUCCGUACUCGCGCACCCCUUACACCCCAACAAUUGAGUUAUAACGAGGACAGUGUGCCGACUCUCCGCGCAGAUUCCACGCACUACUGGGGCUUCGUUUAUUUUCGUCAAGUCAAAGAUCCUUCACUACCGCGAGGAUAUUUUCAGAAAAGCAUCAUAUUACUCACACGUUUGCCAUUUAUUAAUUUAUUUUACAAGGUCAUCCAUUUAAUAGCUCCCAAACAUUUUGAAGAUGGGGAGAGAAGCUUAGAAGCAGCAUGGCAUGAUAUUAAUAGAUGGCCAACACUUGAUGCUGGUCAAAACAUGCUUCUACCUGUAUUAGGUACUGUUUUCCAGUCAUAUAUCCCUAAUCAUAAGACUGGGAAAGUGUCAAGGUCAGAUAUAAUAAAACAAGUGCAUUCACCAAGUGUACCACACGUAUUGGCUUCUAUUCAGGAUGUGAAUGUGUUUGAUGCACUGUCCAGUUUGAUCUCACAUUUACAUUUAUUAUGGGAGCUCGUAUUGACUGCCGAACCUAUAGUAGUGAUGGCAAGUUCUCCAACGGAGUGUUCUGCCUUGGUCCAAGCUUUGACAUAUCUCAUUCAGCCACUACCAUAUGCAGCUGAAUAUAGACCAUAUUUCACAAUACAUGACAGUGAAUUCAAAGAGUUUACUCGUAAACAAUUCAAUCCACCUUAUGUAAUUUUAGGUGUGACUAAUCCAUUUUUUACAAAAACAUUACAACACUGGCCACAUACUAUCAAAUUAAGUGACUCAACUUCCAUCAAAAUAAAGUUAAGAAAAGUAGGCAGUAUUAAGCACUUAGAUACUGCACCUGGUGUUUAUACUCAAUACAAACCGUUUUUAGAAAAAGAUAAAACUAUUAUCAAAAAGCUUCAUAACGGUAUAAGAACUGAUAGGCCAUCCGAAGUACAAACAGCUAUGGUUAAAAGACAUCUGUUAGAGUUGACACAGAGUUUCAUGAUACCUUUAGAAAGAUAUAUGGCAUCAUUAAUGCCAUUACAAAAGAAUAUAUCACCAUUUCGAGCACCACCAAUACCAAAUCCUUUUAAUCCGGAAGACUUCUAUGCUACACUCCAGCAAGCUGGACCAAGUCUGACAACAGGAAUAAAAGGGGAUUGGAUAGGUCUAUAUAGAAACUUUUUUAGAACACCAAACUUUAGUGCAUGGUUUCAUGAAAGACAUAGUAAAUUAUCAAAUAAGUUACAUGCCCUACAGCUUGAGGCUUUGGCUGAAAGUGAUUUAAAGAUGUGGUCAAUCGGCAAAAAGGAAGUGGAGAUAGUUGACAUGGUUUUAAAGCUGCGAGAGGUUUUGAAAAGUGAUCCUCCAGUUGCCCACAAUACAAGGACACUAUUAGCACGAAGGUUGGAAGAUUUAAAUUGUGUACUCCCAGAUGAUAUGAAGUCCAUCUUAAAUGCAGCAUCG